GAGACAACAACUCCACUCAAAAAGGAGUGAGCCUUCUUGAUCACCAAAUCCACUGACCCGCCAUUACGUCCAUCCCUCUUGUUGGUAACAACUCCUGUAGCUCUCUGAGUUCUCGCUCUCUCUCUCUUCACUAUAGAUAGCCCAUCUUCUACUUUGUCUGAGUUUGCACACGAACACUAAGCAUUUUGAUCGGAUCUCUCGCACGAGCUCGCCGCGGCCGAGCAACAGAAAGAACCAAGUUCGAAACACUUGGGCCAAUGCAAGCCAUUGUUGCUGCACUGGGUUCUGCUGUUUUGCUGCUGUUCGUCGCAGGCGGCGCAAGUGGCCUGAGCUUGGAUUACUAUGACCGGACAUGCCCGAAGCUCGAGCAUUCGGUGAGGUGGGCCGUGAAGAAAGCGAUGAAGAACGACAACACCGUUCCUGCCGCUUUGCUUCGCAUGCACUUCCAUGACUGCUUCAUCAGAGGAUGUGAUGGUUCCGUGCUCUUGAACUCGACGGCAAAGAACACGGCUGAGAAAGACGGGCCGCCGAACAUCUCGUUGCACGCGUUUUACGUGAUCGACCAUGCAAAGGAAGCAGUGGAAGCUCAGUGUCCUGGGGUGGUCUCUUGCGCAGACAUCUUGGCUCUGGCCGCUCGGGAUGCCGUGGCUCUGUCUGGAGGACCAUACUGGGAUGUGCCAAAAGGAAGAAAAGACGGGAGGAUAUCGAGAGCAAUCGACACAAGGCAAUUGCCAGCUCCAACCUUCAACAUCUCUCAGCUACAGCAAAGCUUCUCUCAAAGAGGCCUUUCCAUGGAGGACUUGGUGGCUCUCUCCGGUGGCCACACCCUCGGUUUCGCCCAUUGCUCCUCGUUCCAGAACCGAAUCCACAACUUCGACGCUGCGAGCGACGUCGACCCGUCGAUGUACCCGCCCUUUGCAGCGCAGCUGCGGAAGGCUUGCCCAGCACACAACAAGGCGAAGGGCGCGGGGUCCACUCUGGAUCCCACGGCGGCGAAGUUCGACAACGCGUACUUCAAGGUGCUCCUCCGUGGGAAGAGCGUCUUCACUUCGGAUCAGGCGCUGCUCACCGUUCCGAAGGCCAAGGCAUUGGCCUCCAAGUUCGCCGAGGACGGGGAGGAGUUUGAGAAGGCCUUCGUGAAGUCCAUGAUCAAGAUGAGCAGCUUGAGCGGCGGGCAAGAGAUUAGGCUCAAUUGCAGAGUAGUUCGUUAAUUGUAUUCUUAGAUGGACGGAUUAGUUUGUGUGGCAAAAUUGUAAUUUCAUCACGCUCUUUGUUUUUUUGUCCUUUGGCUGUUUUUUUUUUUUUUUAGGAGUG